GCGUGUUGGCGGUGCGGUGACCUUGUAUGUCAGUUUAGAAUUUGCUUCGGACGGACACAGAUGGCCCAACGCUCGUCGACACGCUCGCACCAAGCACCCGGCGGCAGCUCGCAGAUGGGGUCGCUCAUCUUUGGCGGCGGCGGCGAUGAGAGUAACUUUGACGAGGCCCAGCGCAACCGCCGGGGCAUCCGCUCGCAGCAGCGCCCCGAAGCCGACCAGAGCCCGCUCAACCAAGCGCCCGCGGGACAGGCCCCGGCGCGCCAGCAGCAGCACCAACACCACCACCAUCAGCAGCAACAGUCGCAGUACCAGCAGCCGCCGCAACAACAGCAGCAGCAACAACAACAGUACCAGCAACCGCAGCAGCAACAACAACAGCAGUACCAGCAACAGCAGACGCAAAACUACCAGGAGCCACCGCAACAACAGUACCGCCAGCAGCAGCAACAGCAGUCGAGUGCGCCCUUUACUCAAGGUGGUGGUAACGAGUCGAGCGGUCGCGUCUCGUCGAACCGGUAUGCGUCGGGCGUCUCGCAAAACACAGGCAACGUCAUUACCGAUCGCAGCACGACCCGUAUCCACGCACCCCCUGGCGGCGCGUCGUCGUUCCGCUUAGGGUAGUCUCGAGAGAUCGCAUCAUGCGAUGUAGCAUAGGAUAACCGGCAUGGUUGCCGCAAUCAACACGAAUGAAGCCGGUGAAGUCUCCUUUCGCUCACCUCCGAGCUCGGCUGGCCUCGAGGUACAGGC